AUCAAGCCUUUUUCGAUAAUUAUAUAAAGGCUCAUAAAAUAGAAAAAAAGAGCAUUAAACUAAUUAUAAACAUCAAAAUCUCCAAGAAAAAAAUUAUUACAGAUUCCUAUAGAUUUCUUCUUUUUUUUUUAACAAAUCGAUGUAUUUGUUAUUCCAGUUUUCUCAAAAAUGACUACAAAAUCGAUACCCGAAUGGUUUGCCAAUAAAAACGUUCUCGUCACUGGGGGCACUGGAUUCAUGGGAAAAGUUCUAAUUUCCAAAUUGUUACUAAGUUGCCCCGACAUUGGAGACAUCUUUUUAAUAAUCAGGAAGAAGAAAAGCUAUGAUUCGCAUGCCAGGCUGCAGCUCAUAUUGCAGCAAGAGCCAUUUAGGAUUCUUAGAGAACAGUAUCCGGAACGACUGAAGAAACUGAUAGUUAUACAUGGUGAUAUAAUCGUCGAAGAACUCGCUUUAUCCGCCGCGGAUAAGGAUCGCCUCACAAAUAACGUUUCCGUCAUCUUUCAUAUGGCCGCUAAUGUCAGGUUCGACAUGACAUUGAAAACCGCCAUCCAAACGAACACCAUGAGCGCUGCAAACAUCAUAACGUUAGCAAAGCAGAUGCCUCUACUAGAGUCUUUUAUUCAUAUGUCGACGUCUUUUUGCCAAUGUGGCGAGUCCGUAUUGGAAGAACGAGCUUACUCAUCUAGCAUCUCGCCAGAAACAAUCAUCAGUUUGGUCAAUACGAUGACGGAUGAUAUCCUGGAAUCAAUAAAACCAAAAUUAUUGGGCAAGCAACCGAACACGUACUCCUACAGUAAGGCACUCAGCGAGGAAUUGAUGUCGAAAUGCGGACUACCCGUAGGAAUCAUACGUCCGUCGAUAGUGGCACCGUCUUAUAAAGAGCCUGUGCCCGGCUGGGUGGACAACAUGCAUGGCCCGACUGCAGUAUUUGUCGGCACAGGCAAAGGGAUGAUACGAUCCAUACCCUGCAAAUCAAAUAACAUCGCCGAUCUAAUGCCCUGCGAUAUGGCCGUAAAUGCGACGAUCGCUCUGGCUUGGCAAGUCGGAACGAAGAAAUUUCUCAAGCCAAAAUUUCUGAAUGCCACGACAAACAUGGAGAACUCGUUUUCUUGGGAACCGCUCUGGUAUCCCAGUGGAAGAAUGACCUCCUCCAAAAUUGUACACUGGUUUGCCGUUUUAUUCUUUCACGUUAUACCCGCCUAUCUGUUAGAUAUUCUACUCAUUAUCACUGGAAACAAACCUUUUAUGGUGCAAGUACAAAAUAAAGUAAACAACGGAUUAGAAUUACUUCAAUACUUUACCUUGAGGGAGUGGAUCUUCCGCAAAUUGAUGUGUUUUCCAAUUUUCUCAAAAAUGACUACAAAAUCGAUACCCGAAUGGUUUGCCAAUAAAAACGUUCUCGUCACUGGGAGCACUGGAUUCAUGGGAAAAGUUCUAAUUUCCAAAUUGUUACUAAGUUGCCCCGACAUUGGAGACAUCUUUUUAAUAAUCAGGAAGAAGAAAAGCCAUGAUUCGCAUGCCAGGCUGCAGCUCAUACUGCAGCAAGAGCCAUUUAGGAUUCUUAGAGAACAGUAUCCGGAACGACUGAAGAAACUGAUAGUUAUACAUGGUGAUAUAAUCGUCGAAGAACUCGCUUUAUCCGCCGCGGAUAAGGAUCGCCUCACAAAUAACGUUUCCGUCAUCUUUCAUAUGGCCGCUAAUGUCAGGUUCAACAUGCCAUUGAAAACCGCCAUCAAGAUGAACACCAUGAGCACUGCAAACAUCAUAACGUUAGCAAAGCAGAUGCCUCUACUCGAGUCUUUGAUUUAUGUUUCGACGUUUUUCUGCCAAUGUGGCGAGUCCGUAUUAGAAGAACGAGCUUACCCAUCUAGCAUCUCGCCAGAAACAAUCAUCAAUUUGGUGAAUACGAUGACGGAUGAUAUCCUGGAGUUGAUAAAACCGAAAUUAUUGGGCAAGCAACCGAACACGUACGCCUACAGUAAGGCACUCAGCGAGGAAUUGGUGUCGAAAUGCGGACUACCCGUAGGAGUCAUACGUCCGUCUAUAGUGACAGCGUCUUAUAAAGAGCCUGUGUCCGGCUGGAUAGACAACAUGAAUGGCCUGACCGGAAUAAUGAUCGGCGGGGGCAAAGGGGUGAUACGAUCCAUACUUUGCAAAUCAAAUUACAUGGCCCAUGUAAUUCCCUGCGAUAUGGCCGUAAAUGCGACGAUCGCUCUGGCUUGGCAAGUCGGAACGAUGAAAUCCCCCGAGCCAAAGUUUCUGAAUGCCACGAACAUGGAGAACCGAAUUUCUUGGGGUGACUUAUUAGAAACCGGGAGAAAACACGUAUUUCAAAACCCCUUCUCGCAACCGCUCUGGUAUCCCGGUGGAGAUAUGACCUCCUCCAAAAUUGUACACUGGCUUGCCGUCUUAUUCUUUCACACUAUCCCAGCCUAUCUGUUAGAUAUUCUACUCAUUAUCACUGGAAACAAACCCUUUAUGGUGCGAGUACAAAAUAGAGUAAAGAACGGAUUGGAAUUGAUUCAAUACUAUCUCAUGAGGGAGUGGAUCUUCCGUAAUGACAACCUGCGCGAUUUGCAGCAUCAGUUAUGCCCCACCGAUAAAAAGACAUUUUUCAUAGACACGAAGGAUAUUCAUUGGAAUGAAUAUAUAUUAGCGUACGUCUUGGGUACGAGGCAAUAUUUUCUAAAGGACGAUCCUUCGACACUACCACGAGCGAGACGAGUCUUUACGUACUUGUACUACGCCGAUCGUCUGUUGAAAUUAGUAUUCGGGAUUUUCCUUAUUUGGAUAAUGUACAACUGGACGAUUUCCGCUAACAUUAUAGCGAUGCUAGUCCAGUCGACUGAAGAAGUGUAGAAUAUAAAACUUACUUAAUUCUUUGCGGUCUCCUACAGAGCGAUAAUGUAUAGCGUAUCACGUAAUUCUUCAAACAUUCAAAUCUGCGAUUAUAUUAAUUAACCUUUAUUUUGGGAUUUUCAUAAGGACUAAAGGAGACACUAAUCAUACUUGAUAUGUAUAAUUAAACAUAAUUAUGCAAAAAAAUCAAUUUCUGUACCUUUAGAUGUCUGUACUAUAAAAUGUUUCUAAAUAGAUAUAUCUUCAGUAAAAAAUAAUUGCCAUAUCUCAUAUUUUUAAUUUUUUAUAUUUUAAAUUCCCCAAAAAAUUAUAAGAAAUUCAAAAAAAAAGAAUUCUUUAAAUCUCAUCAAAUUUUGUGAAUUUCAUUCAAAUAUUAUAGACUGAAUCACUGAGAAACCUUAGAAUAUUUUAGAAUUCUCAUAAAAAACUCUGGGAGAAAUUGUCAAAAAUUUUAAGAAGUGUUUCAAUUCAUAUGAAAAAUCUGAAAAAUUUUCUAAAAUAUGUUAUAAAAUUAUAUAUAGGGAAAAGUAGGGAUGCACUGGGUAAUUGUACGCUUCGUGGUUUAGCAUCUUCCCGAUGAAUAAAGAUUAUAUCACGAUAUUUAUAGGCUGAAGGUAUUUUUUAAAUAUAUAAUCAUACGUUAUAUCAUUUAAAAACGUAGUUAAUUGAAAAAAUAAGAAAAAAUAAAAUCAUAAUUUUUGUUGUGAUUUUGGCGUUCAGAAAAUAAGGCAAUAAGUCCGUAUUUUUACUUUAUUCAUUUAAUCUUGUUAUACCUAACAAAAGUACGUUUUUUCUGCGUUCUUUGAGCUAUUGUUUAUUAAAUUUAAUUAACCUUCCUAUACCCGCGUCAAAUAGAGUAACACAUAAUAUACAUAUACCUGCGCACCGUCUGUGGGACCGAAAGUGGAAAGGCCAUGUUUAUAUAUGAUGAAUUAAUAAAAUUACUUAUGUGUAAUAUUAUAGCUUUAUGUGUUAAAACAAUUAAACAAAGUUUUAUAAAAUCAA